UGGGAUUCCCGUCCGAGCCGUCUCGAGCUUGCAGCGCCCCAGUCCCCGGCCCUCGCCCAGGUUCACUGCAGCCGUUCAGAGGUCCCCAGGAGCUGCUGCCGGCGAGCCCGCUACUGCAGGGACCUAUGGAGCCAUUCCGUAGAGCCAUCCCGAGCAACGCACUGCUGCAGCUGCUCUGAGCCUUUCCAGCAAGUUUGUUCAAGAUUGGCUGUCAAGAAUCAUGGACUGUUAUUAUAUGCCUUGUUUUCUGUCAUCCUGCUAGGAGGCGCGAGCCAUGCUAGUUUGAUACCUGAGACGGGGAAGAAAAAAGUCGCCGAGAUUCAGGGACACGCGGGAGGACGCCGCUCAGGGCAGAGCCAUGAGCUCCUGCGGGACUUCGAGGCGACACUUCUCCAGAUGUUCGGGCUGCGCCGCCGCCCGCAGCCUAGCAAGAGCGCCGUCAUCCCGGAUUACAUGCGGGAUCUUUACCGGCUGCAGUCUGGGGAGGAGGAAGAGGAAGAGCAGAUCCACAGCACCGGUCUGGAGUACCCUGAGCGCCCGGCCAGCCGGGCCAACACUGUGAGGAGCUUCCACCACGAAGAACAUCUGGAGAACAUCCCAGGGACUAGCGAAAACUCUGCUUUUCGUUUCCUCUUUAACCUCAGCAGCAUCCCAGAGAACGAGGUGAUCUCCUCAGCAGAGCUUCGGCUCUUCCGGGAGCAGGUGGACCAGGGCCCUGAUUGGGAGCAGGGCUUCCACCGUAUAAACAUUUAUGAGGUUAUGAAGCCCCCGGCAGAAAUGGUGCCUGGGCACCUCAUCACACGACUACUGGACACCAGACUGGUCCACCACAAUGUGACACGGUGGGAAACUUUUGAUGUGAGCCCGGCGGUCCUUCGGUGGACCCGGGAGAAGCAGCCGAACUAUGGGCUGGCCAUUGAGGUGACUCACCUCCAUCAGACACGGACCCACCAGGGCCAACAUGUCAGGAUUAGCCGAUCGUUACCUCAAGGGCGUGGGAAUUGGGCCCAGCUCCGGCCCCUCCUGGUCACCUUUGGCCAUGAUGGCCGGGGCCAUUCCUUGACCCGACGCCGGAGGGCCAAGCGUAGCCCUAAGCAUCACCCACAGCGGGCCCGGAAGAAGAAUAAGAACUGCCGGCGUCACUCGCUCUAUGUGGACUUCAGUGAUGUGGGUUGGAAUGACUGGAUUGUGGCCCCGCCAGGCUACCAGGCCUUCUACUGCCACGGGGACUGCCCCUUUCCACUGGCUGACCACCUCAACUCAACCAACCACGCCAUCGUGCAGACCCUGGUCAACUCUGUCAAUUCCAGUAUCCCCAAAGCCUGUUGCGUGCCCACUGAACUUAGCGCCAUCUCCAUGCUAUACCUGGAUGAAUAUGACAAGGUGGUACUGAAAAAUUAUCAGGAGAUGGUAGUAGAAGGGUGUGGGUGCCGCUGAGAUCAGGCAGUCCUUAAGGAUAGACAGACAGACAGACAGACACACACACACACACACACACAUUCCCAUUCACUCACCCACACACUACACAGACUGCUUCCUUAUAGCUGGACUUUUAUCUUUUAAAAAAAAAAAAAGGAAAAAACCUAAACAUUCACCUUGACCUUAUUUAUGACUUUACGUGCAAAUGUUUUGACCAUAUUGAUCAUAUAUUUUGACAAAAUAUA